AAGUGUCGAUGGAAAAUAGAACUUCUGCAUAUCCCAGUACGGUACAUAACAUAGACUAGACGGAACAAGGUAGAUUUUAGCAUAGUUCAUUGAGAGAUUGAUUGUCAUGAAGUAAGAGACUGCCGCCAACUACUGUAUUGGACACAUUUCGCUGGCUCUAUGUGUCACCUCUCACCAGAACACGACUCGAGCCUAAAGAACGGCUUCCUGCAAAUGAACUAACUACGUGAAGCGUAUUUGUGUUUAGAUAGUGACCUGUGCUGGUUUGACGUUGCCGCGGGGCCAUGAGUACGGAGAAUCACCUGAAGACGAUAAGCUGUUGACUUGUACCUUUGGCAUCAGUUGAUGCGUUUGUUUUGGCCGGUUCCAGCGGACAUCUGAGAAGCACGCCGAGAACGACGACGUUUCAACUACUAGAACUAGUGGGGAAUGCUCACAUUCCACUGACCUGUGACCCUGUUUUUAUUCACUUCUUUCAACACUCGAUGCUGAGUUUCCGGGAAUACAUCAUUAACCACUACAACCUAUUUUGGGACAAGACAUAGCUUAAACGCUCCCAUCUGUCUGUGAUUGAACAUCCAUUACAGCCAACACCAUGCCGAUGUCAUCUAAACAGUUUCCCAACUUUAAUCCUUCAUUCUAAUUUCUUGACACAGCCACACUUCACAAUCUAAUAUGGCCUUUCAUGGGCGAGACAAGUCAAGGACAGGAGGGGAUCCUGAUGAAUCCAUACCCCUGACAUCAGAUCAAGAUGGGAUGAACCUGGACUCAACACCCAGUUCAGGCUCUCUAGUAGCUGAAAUCCUUGCCAAUGGUGCAGAGGAUGGCCCUCCAAGAAGCCUUAUCAUGCGCUCUGUCAGCACAGAGCCCAUCAUAUCAAGGGGUGUAACUCUAGACGAUGAAAAUGUUACCCGCCUCUCUUUCCUUCAUGAUGAGGUGGAAAAGAUCUUUGACACAGACUGGAGAUAUGACAGCACAACUCUGACCACAGAUCCCAACUCUAAAGCUCAGGCCCUGAACUUGAUGGGCAGAGAGAGCAGCAAGUUGUCCCUGUCUGAGUCCUACCAUGUGGAUGAGGCUGAGUACUCCAGACAUCGCAAAGUCUCGUACCCACACAUCCAUCAACCAUUGAGGUCUCUCUCCAACAAGUCUCUCAGCAAAUCUCACAAGUCUCACAAGGAGAAAAAGAAGGCAAAAAAGAAGAAAAAGAAAGAAAAACUGAGGAGUUUUCCAUCCCAAGGGGCAAUCAAGAGCCCCACCAUACCUGAAGAGGAAGAAGAACACUUUGACCCAGUGGAUGAUGAUUCUGAUUCUGGGAGUAGCUCUGUUACUGAUGAUGAUGAAUAUGAUGAAGAGUAUAAUAGAGAAACUGAAGGGGACGUCUCAUCCAAGCAAGAGCCGUAUGAGACAACUAUAGAGCUGAAGAUCCAACCAGCCACACCAAGCCCAGCAGAUGAGAGAGACAUUCAGCUGGACCAGUCCAAGCUAGCACAACCACGGCCUAAAGAUGCUGUUGACUUUUUUAUCGGUGCAGAUUUUCCAUCUCCAAUAUCAGAGAGCCAGGAGCAGCCUUUCCCUGUGGCUUCCACCCCAUUCAUUGAGUCCCAGCCAGCCUCCAGCAGUGUGCAGGCAGCAUCAGAUGAGGAGACUGGCUUCAUGUCUGACCCUGGCCUCUCUUCCUUCAGUGAAGAGAUUGCCUUACAGACACUGAAGAAAAGUUUGUCUGAGGAUCCAGGCAAUUUCAACAGCAAGCAGGAAGUGGAGGAAGCCACGCCCUCGUUCCGUCCAGCCUACUUGGCCCUGGAUGUGGCAGAUGACAGAGGGACCCCAUCUCCCAUGGCGCACAUGCCACCCAGGGAGCAAAGUUUGACAGGGAAAGUCACAUUUGUUGUUGGUGAUGACUCCAGCUACCCCAGCUAUGCAGCCUUUCAAACCCAGAUGGCUGGCACAGUACCUGAUGUAGAGCAAGGUGGGGAGCCGUCUGGGGGAGAUGAAGAGGAUGAUGAUGACGACAAGGAGAAUGUGUGGAAGAGAAAGAAAAGGAGAGAUUCUGGGGGGCAUAGGAGGGGCAGUACUGAAGGCUACACACAAGAGUCCGAGACCCAUGACUUGCAGCGUGUUCCAAGUGUGGAGGGUAGUCAGUCAACUCGCUCAUCAAAGCGCCGUCAUCACCAUCAUCAUGAGCAUUUUCAUCGAGAGGAUUUAAUCAUGAGACGUCAGAAGGGGAGCGAGGUGAAGCUGGACCAGACAUUCAAGAAGUCACCCACAGAAAUAGAGGAGGCCUCCAUGUUGUACAAGUCUGAUUUAGAUGAGAUGGCCAGUCACAGGUUUGAAGAUCAACGAGGGAUAAGACGACAUAAAAUUGCCCGCAGCAAAGGAGCUUUACGCUCCAUUGUCCACAUUGGCAAAUCUCAUCAUAUCAAAAAACAUAAGGUGGUGAAAAAGUUUGACCACAGCCCACAUGAGGUGUUUGUGGAACUGGAUGAGCUUCACAUUGGUAGUGAGGAUAUGUGGGAGUGGAGAGAAAAGGCAAGAUGGAUCAAGUUUGAGGAGGAUGUUGAGGAGGGGGCUGAGAGGUGGGGCAAGCCUCAUGUAGCUUCACUCUCUUUCCAUUCUCUGCUGGAGCUUAGGAGGGGUUUAGAGAAUGGUACUGUGCUGCUGGACCUGGAGGCCACAGACCUGACCUCCAUCAUCCACAACGUGACAGAAAACAUGGUCAUCAGGGACCUGGUAGAAGAGGAGGUCAAAGGAAAGCUGCUGCGAACACUACUGCUUAAACACAAGCAUGUGAGUGGUCGAUCAGCUUUCCUGCGCCGUAAUCCAUCUUAUUCUAACUUGACCAGUCUGGACAAUGCAGGGAAAAGACACCAGCAGAACAACGAGAAAGGCUUGUUGAACUCACUGUCCCAGAGCAGCUUUGGCUCCAACCUGGGACUCAGCAAGUCUGCCAGCACCACCUCUGUCAUGGACAGGAAGAACAAAGACAACAAGGCUGCUGCCAAACUGGAGAUGGUCAAAGUGGAUGUGGAUAACAAUAUGGUAUUUCUCUUUCAUCACGUCCUAAAGACUGACAAACAAACAGAUGGUGUCCAUAUUGGAAUUACACCAGUAGAGCAAAAGAAGCAUGUUCAGGACAUUAUGAGACGUAUUCCUAAAGGUGCUGAGGCCAGUAAUGUCCUAGUGGGACAGGUGGACUUCCUUAAGAAACCUGCAAUGGCUUUUGUCCGUCUAGCUGAAGGUCAGCUGUUGGAAAACUUGACCGAAGUCCCCCUGCCUGUCAGGUUUCUGUUUAUUCUGCUUGGACCAGACAAAGGUGGAAUGGAUUACCAUGAAGUUGGACGAUCUUUUGCUACACUCAUGUCCAACCAGCAAUUCCAUGAUGUGGCCUAUAGGGCAGAGUCCCGGGAAGAUUUACUCAGAGCUAUAAAUAGUUUUCUGGAUGAUUCCAUUGUGCUUCCCCCUGGUGACUGGGAUCAUCGUACCCUCCUACCCAUCACACACAUGGCACGCAAGAGGGCACUAUUGCGUAAACAGAAGAAACAGCAGUUGGAUGAGAAAGAAGCUUUGCUUGAGAAGGAAGAUAUCCCAACAGAUCCACUGAAAAGAACUGGUUGUUUAUUUGGAGGGGUGUACAACGACAUCAGGCGACGCUACCCGCAUUACUUAAGUGACAUCAAAGAUGCUUUUAAUGGCCAGUGUAUCAAAACAUUAUUCUUUAUUUUCUUCACGUGUCUUUCACCCUGCAUUGCUUUUGGAGGAUUGUUGAGUGAGAAAACCAACAGUUAUAUGGGAGUCAGUGAGACCAUGUUAGCCACUUCAAUUUUUGGGAUGAUAUUUAGUCUCUUCUCUGGUCAGCCCUUGUUGAUUAUAGGAGCGACUGGACCUGUCCUAGUGUUUGAAGAGAGUUUAUAUAAGUUUUGUACAUCAAAUAGCCUGGAGUUUUUACCACUUAGAUUCUGGAUUGGGUUGUGGGUCUUUGCCAUCACUACACUAGCAGUGGCUCUGGAAGGCAGUUUUCUUGUGCGCUAUGUCACCAGAUUUGUGGAGGAGAUUUUUGCUAUUCUCAUUUCUCUUAUUUUCAUCUACGAAGUUGUGAAAAAACUUGUGCAGAUCUUCUCAGAGAACCCUUUGAUGGUAGACUACUGCCAGCACAAGGUCAACAAAACAACCAAUGAGACAUUUGGUUACAACAGCUCUCUAGAGCAGGCAGAGCAGGGAGACAACUACUCCUAUGUAUCCAUUGAGAGUACCCCCAGCAGCACGCUGGCCCUCUACACAAGUCCCCUCAAGCCAGACCAUGAAAAAAACCAACCCAACACAGCCCUCUUGUCACUCAUACUUGUCUUUGGAACUUUUCUCAUUGCUUAUUUUCUUCGUAUCUUUCGCAACAGCAAAUUUCUUGGAAGAAGUGUAAGACGAGCGUUGGGAGACUUUGGUGUGUUGAUUGCUUUAGUUUGUAUGGUGAUUCUCAGUUUUAUUAUGAAAGCAACAUAUGUGCAGAAACUUGACAUGACAGACCCCCUAGAACCCACAUCUCCUGAUAAGAGAGGCUGGUUCAUCAAUCCAAUGGGUAGUGACCAACCUAUGCCAGUUUGGCUCAUCUUUGGAUCAGCCUUGCCAGGUUUUCUCAUCUUUAUCCUGCUCUUUAUGGAGACUCAAAUCACAGAAAUGAUUCUAAACAAGAAAGAGCGCAAGUUAAAAAAAGGCUCAGGCUAUCACAUAGACCAGCUGAUCCUGGGCUUCCUGACAUUCCUGGGUGGGUUGUUUGGCCUGCCCUGGAUGUGUGCAGCCACUGUGCGUACUGUAGCGCACAUCAGUGCACUCAGUGUGUACAGCAGUACUCAUGCACCUGGUGAGAAGCCCCAACUGUUGGGGGUCAAGGAACAGCGAGUGACCAACUUUUGUGUGCAUUUAUUGAUUGGUGUGUCUGUAGCUGCGGGCCCAGUACUGCGAGAGGUUCCUGUCCCAGCAUUGUUUGGUGUGUUUCUGUACCUUGGUGUCUCCACACUCAAUGGUGUCCAGAUGUUUGAGAGGAUCAAGUUGCUUUUUAUGCCAGUCAAGUAUCAUCCAUCUGUUGUCUAUGUCAGGAAGGUUCGCACUAGCCAGAUGCACAAGUUUACUUUGAUUCAACUGGCUUGUCUCAUCAUCUUGAUUGUCAUCAAAUCUACUGCAGCAGCCCUAGCCUUCCCAUUUCUUCUUGUCUUAUUGAUGCCAUUGAGAUUAAAGCUUGUCAGUAGAUGGUUCAGUAAAGAUGAAUUGGAGCAUCUUGACAUGGAGGAGGAAGACUUUGAGUUGGAUGAUGAGGAUGAUCCAGAUUUUUACCAACAGGCUCACAUGCCUAUCUAAGUGGUUUCAGUCAUCUCUGGCCGGCUGUAAGCUGCUAGACUUUACAGCUGCUGGACCUAUGGCUGCUGGACUUU